GUGCUAAAGCGCUUUACCUGUUGCUCUGUUGUGUAAUUGUUUCUUAUAACCUGUUGCUCUUGGAGCAAUGGGAAUGUCAAAAUAAGUUUUUGACUCAUAUUUAUUGUCCUUUAAAGAAUUUCCUAUAGUUCAUUUUAAAUUCAUUUUAAAGUACAAGGUGUUUUUAUUUUUGAAAUUAAGUUUUUUUUUUAAUAAAAAUAAGUCAAAAUGAUUAAUGACAAACUAGGAGCCUUGAAAGCUGCUUUGAAUGAAAGUUAUGAAGCCAACAAUGAAAUUACAAUCAACAUGGAUUCUACUGAGCCAUUUCUUUCAGAAUUCUUCAUGGAGGUGGAAUCAAUAGCACAGAACCUUGACAAAAUUGUUGCUACUGUCGAAGAAGUAAAAAAGAAACAUAGUUUUAUACUGUCAGCACCGUCUACGGAUGAAAAAGUAAAACAAGAAUUAGAAAGCCUGAUGGCUGAAAUCAAAACAUUAUCUAACUCAGUAAGAAAAAAGCUCAAAAUAAUGGGACAAAAUAUUGAACAAGAACAGAUAAAUAAUGCCUCUGCUGCUGAACUGCGAAUUAAACAAACUCAGCAUUCAACUUUAUCUAGAAGAUUUGUAGAUGCCAUGACUGAGUAUAGCCAUAUUCAGACAGAAUACCGAGAGCGCUGUAAAGAUCGAAUAAAACGUCAACUUGAAAUAACUGGACACACAAAGACUGAUGCUGAAAUUGAAGAAAUGUUAGAGAGUGGAAAUCCAACAAUCUUUACUGAAGGGAUUGUGAUUGAAACUCAGAAGGCUAAACAAACACUGGCUGAUAUUGAAGCCCGUCAUGCAGAUAUUGUGAAGCUGGAAAAGAGUAUCAGAGAACUACAUGAUAUGUUUUUGGAUAUGGCUGUAUUAGUCGAAAAUCAGGGAGAACUGAUUGAUAGAAUUGAAUACCAUGUCCAGAAUGCUGCUGAUUAUGUUGAUAAAGCUGCUACUGAUGUCAAUCGUGCGACACGAUACCAAAGCAAAGCACGGAAAGUAAAAAAUUAUCAUCAUAAUCAUCAUUUUGAUUGUUGUGCUGGCUAUACUUGGACUGAUUAUAGGAUUAACUGUGGGAUGAAGAAGGAAAACAAAAGUUUAAAUUAUAAGUUUGAUACUGUGAAACACUGUUGGUGUUCAGUAUUAAACUUAUCUUGAGAUGAACUGCAGAAUAUGAGCAUUUAGAAAAUAACUACGUUAUGAUGUAAAAUUAAAUAUAUCCUUUCCUUGGAAGAAAAACUUACAGAAUAAUUAUUUUAGUUCAUUGUGUCAGUAAUCGUUUGGUGUACAAAAAUAACUUCACUGCAAUAAAUCUAGCAUGUAAAUGCACCAAAUGUGUUUUACUAAUAUUACACAUGUAUUUAAAUGUAUACUUUCAGUUUUUAAAACUAAUUUUUCUAAAAAAAUUGAAUUCUUUUUUUUAAAUAUGAAGCAUUUUAUUUUUUAUCAGUUUUCUGGUGCCAUUUACAGUUUUUGUUUUUGUCCAGUAAAAUUUCUAUUAUUCAAGUUUGAACUUCAAUCAAAACAUAUAGUGCCAUUCAAAAGUCCCCAAAUUCUCAUUGUAAAUAUAUCUUUAACAAUGUAAAAAAUUGGUAAGUAUUGCUGUGUGGGAUAUAGCAAGACAAAAAACAAAUAUGUUGAGUGGGACAUCUGAAGGAAGGACUGUUAAUUGCUCCAUAAGUCUCAUGUAUGAGCUGAAGUUUGUUGCGUGAGAAUGCUAAAAGCUGAAAGAUCUGUAGAUUAUCAUCUUUAAACAGUCAUGCAUGAUAUCUGAACUAAUGCUUUGAAAAAAAGUGGCGAGAAGCAUAUGGCUUCAUGUCGAUUAGUGUGUAAAGAACAUUUCAUUUCUAUCAUCUUCUGAAGAAGAACUUUUUGUUCAUUCUUUAUUCUAAUUGAGAAAUCUUAUGAGUUACACCUGAAAUAAAAUAAAUAGAUGUGUGACCUUUUUUGAUUAGAGUUUGGGAAUUUUUAAUCGCACUGUAUUACAUUAUUUUUUAUACAUUUCUUUUAGACAGGAUUUUAUUAAUCAUUUUAAAGAUACAUAAUGCAUUUUUGAUGUUUUACUUAAUUCAUUUUCAUAAUUUAUUUGUGUAUUAAUGCAUAAAUUAAGCAUUUUGGGAUAAGUUUCAUAGUUAUAAGUUAUGAAUAUUUAUUCAAAUAUGAAUAUAAAUUAAUAUGAUAGGUUCCUCAUAAUCCAGAAAAAUGGCUUACUUUAAUUUAGAAGAAGCAUGUUAAUACAUAAUAGUUAAAGUCAGCAAAAUUUAAUUUCAUGUAAUAUGAACUUCAAAAGCUCAUACUGAAGAGCUAGUCAAGAGCUUAAAUAAUAAAUGAAUAGUAAAAAAGUAAAUUCCAAAUUUAAAAUACAAAAUGUGAUUUUGGUUUGGUAUUAACUUCAAAUAAGUAAUACUGACAUAAUAAUAGUUCAAUUAAGACUACAAUUUUUUUAUUUAAUAUUUUUUUCCGGUAGCCUAGUAAAAUUAUCUUAUACUUCUGUGUAUAAGCCCAGAAUUUUUGGAACUUUUUCUGAAUCUAAAUUACAGUGAUCAGGUUACAUGCAGAUUUGCUUAUCUUGUAAAAAAUGUAGGUGCUUUUCCAUUAACUGGUACAAGCGAUAAAUUGCCAGAUAUAUCACUUUUUAAUUCCUUUAGUUUAAGAAAAAAAUUAAUUUUAAAUGAAAAAGAGUUUUUUUGUUUUAUGAAAAUGAAUUGUGUUAGUCUCAAAACUGUUUAUGUUGCUGAUUUUUUUUAUCCACUUAUUUUUUAUUUACGUGAAAUGUCAAGCAGUUGUACUGUUAGAAUUUUCACAAAUGUGAUAACAUAGUUCCAAAUUUGUCAUAUAAAAAUUUCUGUUUUUGCUCAUAUUUCAUAUUAUAAAAAUAAAAUGGCACAGAAUAAGACUAGUGCAGGUACCAUUGACCAUAUACAAGACAACAGAUGAAUAGAAAAUAUGUUGUAAGUUCAGAUAGAUUACUAGAGUUAAAACUAUUGUUGUUCUCAUCUGGCAUUUUAGUUUGCAGUGAUUUGAUUGGAAAAAAGUCCACCCACUUAACCCAAUUGCCCUCAUGGCAACAUGCUGGAUCAUUGCAGGAAUAUUUUUUUCUUUCUAUAUUGGCUUAUAUACAGGUUUUCAAUUUUGGGUAAAUUUUUGAAUUAAAAAUACUUUCUCAACUUAUACACGGAUCGGCUUAAACUUGGACAUAUAUGGUAAUAGCAAAAAUUACUGUAUCUGAAAGUAUUGCCUAAUUUUUUUUUAUUACAUUAAAUUCCAAAGUCUUUAAAUUUGUUCUCAUCUUUUAUAUUAAAAGUCAUAUCUUUAAAUGAAUUUGAAGCCUUAGGUAAAGAAACUCUUUUUAAUAAUAUAGUGUUUUGUGUGAUGAAUGUAACAGAAUUAAUUUACUUCUCGUAUUUUCCAUUGUAAUUUAUGAAUUACAAAUAUAAUAUUUUAUGAACCUUUAAAACUUUUAUUUAUAAUAUAUUUCUGAAAUAAUAUUAAAUAUCAUUACAUAAUAAAGCAAUUGAUGCUGGUUGAUGUACAUUGCACAAAAAAUGUGGUUGGGGGACAGUUCUAUAGCUCGCGUUCUACUGGGCCAAUUGCUGAAAUUCAACUUGUGUUUUUCAUGUCUCAAAAGCGCUACUUAGGAUAUGCAUUAUAUAUAUAUAUAUCAUU